AGAGGAGCGGGAAAGGAAAGGAAAAGGUCGCCUCGGGCUUUUCCGCGGGGAAACAAAGUUACAGCCAUAGCUGAGGGCUUUUCGUGUUUACGUGGCAGCCAGCUAAGCCCUGGGGAGUCAGGUAGGCCGCUGUGAGCCGGCCUCCAACAGCCCCAUGUGGAGAGACUAACUGAAGGAAUAAAUACAUUUAAUACCGCCUAAAGAUACCUUUCCUCAGUCCGCAUUUGGUAUCCCUCUUGAAUUUUGCAGUUACAGGCACCUCAGGAACCUUUACUUACCGAAAUGAAACACAAUCUGGUGUGUCAGACACCUCUCACUGUCACUGUUCGUGUAAAAUCGAGUGCAUCCAGAUCACAUCAGCAAAAAAAACUUAAUAGACUAAAGCGACCUGCUUUUAAAGAAAAUUGUGAAAAGGGGGUUCCUGGUCAGAAAUAUAAAUGUCCAAAGGGACCAUGUCUAAUUAUUCAGCGUCAGGAAAUGACGGCUUUCUUUAAAUUAUUUGACGAUGAUUUAAUCCAAGACUUCCUUUGGAUGGACUGUUGCUGUAAAAUUGCAGACAAGUAUCUCUUGGCAAUGACUUUCGUUUAUUUCAAGAGGGCUAACUUCACAACAAGUGAGCAUACCAGAAUCAACUUCUUUGUUGCUCUGUAUCUGGCAAACACAGUUGAAGAAGACCAUGAAGAAGCAAAGUAUGACAUCUUCCCAUGGGCUUUGGGAAAAGCCUGGAGAAAGCUCUUCCCUGAUUUCUUAAGGUUAAGAGAUCAGCUAUGGAGUAGAAUUGACUACAGGGCUAUUGUAAGCAGACGCUGCUGUGAAGAGGUGAUGGCUAUUGCUCCAACACAUUACAUAUGGCAGCGGGAACGUUCUGUCCACCACAGUGGGGCCAUGAGGAGUUACAAUGAUGAGCUACAGCUGCCCCGAGGACCCAGCGCUACCCCUACGGACUGCCUGCUGUGUGGCAAGAAGGGAAGAUUUGUGCGACUGGGAUUAUCAUCUUCCUCCUCCUCUACUGACACUUUGGAGAUGAUGGAAUUACAUUCAUCCCAGAAUUCAAAGGACACUGUUCCAACUGAAAAAAUGCUUGUUGACUCUCUUGCUUAUGCCCAAGACUGUCAGAGACUGUCCAGCAAAAGGCAACCAUGUAGCACCUUGAACCAAGAUAAAUCCAUGGAUUGGUUUAUAAGCAAUGAAGAAUGAAAUACAUCCGAUGAGACAGAAGCAGAUAUUGUGAUUUGCAAAACAAUCUGUGCUGCAUCACGCCAGACCUGAUGAUUCCAUUAAAACUUUUCCCUUUAAAUAGUAGGUGUGGUUUCAAACUUCACAUGCAGUAGAAAUCAAAGCAGUCAUUACUUCAAAGUUACCACAACUUGCAAAAUGUAGCAGCUACUUUGUAAUGUUU